ACGUCGCCAAAAAUGUUGACGCUCCCUAGAGAACCCCCCGAGGACACCAGGAUGCAGAGUUUCUGGAUGGUGAGGAGGAAGUUACAGAUAAAAAGAUCAACAUUUUACAAUAGUUUGAGGCUACUGAUUAUCUACACGACAUGACCAAAAGUAUGUGGACACCUGUUUCCAAAAUCAUGGGCAUUAAUAUGGAGUUGGUCCCCCCUUUGCUGCUAUAACAGCCUCCACUCUUCUGGGAAGGCUUUCCACUAGAUGUUGGAACAUUGCUGCAGGGACUUGCUUCCAUUCAGCCACAAGAGCAUUCGUGAGGUCGGGCACUAAUGUUGGGCGAUUAGGCCUGGCUCGCAGUCGGCGUUCCAAUUCAUCCCAAAGGUGUUCGAUGGGGUUGAGGUCUGGGCUCUGUGCAGUCCAGUCAAGUUCUUCCACACCGAUCAACAAAACAUUUCUGAAUGGACCUCGCUUUGUGCACAGGGGCAUUGUCAUGCUGAAACAGGAAAGGGCCUUCCCCAAACUGUUGCCACAAAGUUGAAAGCACAGAAUCAUCUAGAACGUCAUUGUAUACUGUAGCGUAAAUAUUUCCCUUCACUGGAACUAAGGGGCCUAGCCCGAACCAUGAAAAACAGACCCAGACCAUUAUUCCUCCUCCACCAAACGUUACACUUGGCACUAUGCUUUCAGGCAGGUAGCGUUCUCCUGGCAUCUGCCAAACCCAGAUUAUUCCGUCGGACUGCCAGAUGUUAUGCACCUGUCAGCAACGAGUGUGGCUGAAAUAGCUGAAUCCACUAAUUUGAAGGGGUGUCCACAUACUUUUGUAUAUAUAGUGUAUGCGUUCUCAUAACUGAAGAGUCAAUUCUAUAGCAAUACCCCUUUCUACAGUUUCCCUCUUCCUCCUGAUCAAUUCCUCUCUCCACCAUUCCUCUCUCCCCCUCUUCCUCCCCAGCCAGGGAACUAUGAGCAAACCGCCCGUCGCACUGACCAGUCCUUCCAGGCAUGUAACGAUAUCAUGGCCUGUUUCCUUGAGAGGGCUAAAGUAGAGAAGCACUACGCCCAGCAACUCAGUGAGUGGAGCAGCAAGUGGAAGGCCGUAGUAGACUCCCGUAAGUAUAGGACAAGUAGGACUUCAGUACUGCACUACGAUACUAUAGUGCUCAUUAUAAACUCCUAUCAAAACUAUGAACAAGUACACUAUCCCCAUUCCUCCUACCUGGUCUUUUUAUAAUCAGUCGAAUUAGUUACUAUUCCCUAAUCAGGUAAGUCUUACCUCUCUCUUUUUGUCUUUCCCUCUCUCUCUUUUUGUCUUUCCCUUUCUCGUCUCUCUCACCCUAGGGCCCCUCUAUGGCUCCCUCAUGAGGGCGUGGCAGUGUUUCUUCUCUUCCGCUGAGCGUCUAUCCAUCCUCCAUUCCUCUAUCUCCCAGUCUCUCCAUACAGAGGAAGGGAAUAGGAUGAAGAGCUGGCAGAAGGAGACCUUCCCAAAAAAUAUAUUCUGUGGAUUCCGUGAGACCCACGAAAACGAGACAGGGUUUGCACGCGCUCAGAAACCUUGGGCCAAGAGGCUGGGAAAGGUUACAAAACCUAUAUGUUAGGUGUACAUAACAUCUUUAUGAACUGACCAAAUGGGCUUGUGUGUGUGUUGGGGGGAUUGUACUAUAGAUGUUCACAUCCCUAUUGAUUGAUUACGAGAACGUGAACUAUAGGACUAACUGGUUCUCUAUAGAAGUAGCAUGCAAGGCUCACCAUUGCUGGUAAGAUUAGAAUCUAGGUGAUACAUUCCUGAACCCUCAAAGUAUAUUUUAUGUAGCCUACUGUAUGAGGCACACCCUAUUAUAGUGAUUGGAUUACUCCUAAGGGAGUUGUUCUUUUAACCUCAAAUCAAAUCAAAUCAAAUUUUAUUGGCCACAUGCGCCGAAUACAACAGGUGCAGACGUUACAGUGAAAUGCUUACUUACAGCCCUUAACCAACAGUGCAUUUAUAAAACAACAACAACAAAAGUGUUGAGAAAAAAAAGAGCAGAAGUAAAAUAAAAUAACAGUAGGGAGGCUAUAUAUACAGGGGGGUACCGGUGCAGAGUCAAUGUGCGGGGGCACCGGCUAGUUGAGGUAGUUGAAGUAAUAUGUACAUGUGGGCAGAGUUAAAGUGACUAUGCAUAAAAAUUUACCGAGUAGCAGCAGCGUAAAAGGAUGGGGUUGGGGGGGCAGUGCAAAUAGUCCGGGUAGCCAUGAUUAGCUGUUCAGGAGUCUUAUGGCUUGGGGGUAGAAGCUGUUGAGAAGUCUUUUGGACCUAGACUUGGCACUCCGGUACCGCUUGCCGUGCGGUAGCAGAGAGAACAGUCUAUGACUAGGGUGGCUGGAGUCUUUGACAAUUUUGAGGGCUUUCCUCUGACACCGCCUGGUAUAGAGGUCCUGGAUGGCAGGAAGCUUGGCCCCAGUGAUGUACUGGGCCGUACGCACUACCCUCUGUAGUGCCUUGCGGUCGGAGGCCAAGCAGUUGCCAUACCAGGCGGUGAUGCAACCAGUCAGGAUGCUCUCGAUGGUGCAGCUGUAUAAUUUUUUGAGGAUCUGAGGACCCAUGGCUAUGAGUAGCCGAACUGCAUUCAAAUACUAUUUGAAAUCAUUUCAAAUACUUUAGCUGUGUUGGAUUGAGAUGCCUGUUGCAUUGGAACCAAUUAAAAAGUCCCAAAUGUGCAAACCCCACCCACUUGGCACUCCAGUCAGGCUAAAGCAAAAGCUAAAAGUAUUUGAAACAAUUAAAAAAGUAUUUUAACCCAGGUCUGAUGACUAAUGUCAUGUUCAUGGAAGCAGGUCAUACAAAGUGUUUUAACUUUGUUUUGCAUAUUUUUGUUCCUGUAUGUCGUAGCUGGAUAAAGCCUGCGGUGUGUACCAUAAGGCCUGCCAUAAGGAACAGGUAGCCAUAGACAGAGAGACGCAAGCCAAGCAGAACACAGAGCUGAGUCCUGAGAAACUGAAGAAGAUCCAAGACGCUCGGGAGAAGGCCAGUGAGGAGAAAGACAAAGUGAGGAAAACUCAAAGGCUACGAACUCACAACUGCUAAAUGUAUAUUCAUUCAUCUAAGAGAGUGUGGGAUGCUCUACUAGCCAGAUAUGGACAUUUUGCACUUUCCUAAUCCCAUGCCCCCAUAUGGUUUACUCCAUUUUCCCCCACAUACUGUUUCUUAUUAUGGCAGUGUCAAAAAUGUGUUAUUGUAACCACCACAGUAACCGCCUUCCAUGUUAUUGGUAUGCGCCAUCUUUGUUUAUCCAGUAGUAAAUAAUUUGAAUUGAUAUAGGCAAGCUUACACAGUCUUUGUUGUCAAGACCUGUUUUGAUGGUAUGAAUGCUCUGAUGAAAGGUCUGCAAGAAAUAUGAGAAGGUGUUGGAGGAUCUAACGUCCUACACGCCUCACUACAUGGAGGAGAUGGAGGCCAUUUUUGAUCAAUCGCAGGAGGAGGAGAGGAAGAGGAUCAGCUUCCUCAAACAGGCCUUCAUGUCCAUCCACAGACACCUGGACAUUACCAACAAUGAGAGGUACAGGAGCCCCCUCCUUCUCUGUCUUCUCCUCACUUGCGUG